AUGAGGUUUGGAGGAGAGCCCUCCCGGACCCAGGAGCCCACCCUGCGGGCUGUGAAGCCGGAUCAAGUGCAGCGGAAGCUGGUGGGUGACGUAAUUCCGCACUUUGACAGGCGCUGCUUCAAGCUGGUGGGCAUGAAGAUGGUGCAGGCUUCGGAGAACAUCCUCACUGAGUAUUACUUUGACUUGCAGAGGAAGCCCUCCUACCGCCUCAUCAGCUACAUGAGCUUCGGCCCUGUGGUGGCCCUGGUCUGGGAAAGUCACAACGCGGUCUGCACCUCGAGGGCCGUAAUUGGAGGCACAAACGCUGUUGAAGCUACCCCAGGAAACGUCUGGGGAGACCAGCGUCCACACAUCAUCAGAGACGUCAUCCACUCCAGUGACCCAGUGGAGGGGGCCUGUAGGGAGAUCGGGUUGUGGGUCCGGAGGAGUGAGUUGGUGACCUGGCCAGACCUGGGCCUCCACAGCAGCAUCUUCCCUGUCUGA